AUGAAGUUCUCUCUUGUUGCCUCUGUCAGCUCCUUCCUCGUUGGAGCCCACUGCCUGCCCACUGCCGCUGCCGGUGACAAUGGACCUUUCCAGGUCACAGCCCUCCGAUCUAGUUCCCCCAUCCACUUCCUCGGCAUGACCGCUUCGGGUAACAGCUUCUGGCUGGGCGGCGAGACAACUACCUACUGCCCCGACAUCGUGAAGGAGAACGGUGGUUGCCCCGAUGGCACCCAGACUGUUCUGUUCACCAACGCCUUGGAUGUCUUGGUUCCUGGUGGCCAGCAGAUCUACGUUGCUCCCUCCGGUGCCGUCAAGUUCACCACUGCCCACUCCGCCAACAUUCCCCCUGGCUCGGCUGUCGAGGGCUUUUCCUACACUUUUGACGGGCCCAUCGGUGGCUGGACCUUUACUGGCCUGGGUGCCACCGGCUUCAUGGCUUGCCCUACCCAGGGCGAUGCCCCCGCUCCCUACCAGGUCUUCGCUAGUAUCCCCAACGCUGUCGUGCCUUCUGGUAACGCUGCUCACUGCCUUGGCUUCAGUGCCGCGGCUUCUGCUUGGACUGCCCCUGCCAACCAGACUGCUGCCGCCUGGCAGUACAUCUAA